AUGCCGGCUGAUCGCCUUCUUGGGACGCUCUUGAGGGCGCUCCAGACAUACACCGACCAACAGGACACGCCAAGGUGAAACAGCCUCCACCCUACAAUAACGUGAUCAAAGCUGACUGAGGAAAGGCUCUUUGGGACUGCGUCGUCCUUACUGACAACCUUGAACAAUCCACUUAACGUCACGCUUUUGACGAGCCAGCUACUGGCCGCUCCUGCGAUAUGGGUCCAACCGGAAGGCUUGAGGACAUGCAUGCGAUGCUUGAGUGUCUUUCACUCUGCAGCACAGGCUCUUGUGAAACACGAUGAUGCUCUGCGAGACAAGGCUCCAGACGAAGAUUUCGCAAAACUCCAACUAGAGCGGACAUUGCCCAGAGACGACUGGAUCAAGGCGAUUAUUAGCGGGGCCGAUGAGCACUCGCCACGAUGGCGGCAUCUACUGGCGAUUGCAGGUCUUCUGCUCGGAUUUGGCCCCGCGGAAGACGAGCGGCUCUCCAGGAGUAUGAGGAGCACAAUCGAAAGUGCUUUGGUUACCGCGGCCAAUUUGGCUCUCGAGGAGACUAUUGACGAUGAUGAUCUGGGUCUUGCUACGAUUACGCUGGUCCUGAACCAUUGUUUUCCCCAUCUAUCGGAUCACGAACGGUCGAAGUUGGACUAUGACCUUCUACUACCGGUGUUGAUGCGGUCGACACUGCACUCGCGGGAGGGCCUUCAAUCUGCGUAUUUCUUGGGUACCCUCGAUCGAGAUAUCCAGCCGUUGGCAGCAGGCCGACUGCAGUGGAGUGAAAGAUCCCCCUCGUAUCAGCAAAUCCAACAAAUGCUGCAGAGUCCGCUGGUAAGCUCUUUGGGACCUUUAUCACGGCUUAUUGGACAUGCCAUAGAGCAAGUCAAAGAGUCGCGGCUCGUCACUGCUGCCUUAGACGACCUGGAGCUGUUCGCAAGGACCCUUCAGCUUCAAUGGCGACAGAACAAGCUUUCCGAGGUUGAACAUUCUGAGCAGCAAGAGCGGCUUGACGAGAGCACAUUCAAAAUCACAGCACCUCUUUUAUGGAAGCUCCUCCAGCCUGUCCUGUUCGCAGGCGUCAUCAUAAUGAGGAGCGCGCUAGGUCGGCUUCUGGGCGACAGUAGCCUGGCCAGCGACUCUGUCGCGUCGAACAUUGCGAAGCAAUCGUUGCGGAUACUGCGCAGCCUAUACUUUAUCACGACACGACAAGGGUCCGCCACCUUCUCUCCAUACAACUUCGUGUACUACACGGCCAUGGACAUUUUGGGUGUCUAUCCUCUCCAAGUCCAGUCACUACUCCGUGACAUGAAGCCUUCACAGCUAGGGACAGUCGCGAAGCAUCCUCUCGACAGGACGUCGGAUCUCUUCUUCCUCAACACUGCCGAGCACUUUACACUGAUCCUUCCACCGGAAGUCAGUGACGAACUACUGCUUCCAGCGGUGACCUCCUAUCUUGCCGCUGGCGGCCAAGGUCCGUUGCUUCCCAUCUUUGAAGCAGCACAUAGCGUCACGCUUGCUUUGUUCUCUGCGCCGCAGAAUGCCGAGGCCACCCUAAGGAACCUCGAAUUCUACGUUCAACAGCUGUUCAGGGUCUUUCCGAGCAAUCUGUCGGCGCGACAGUUCCGGCUGGCUUUCAAGACGCUCCUGAAGCUUGUCUCUCCACCAGCGCCGCUGUCUCUGGCAGAACCAAUGAUGCCUGCCACGCUCCUUGAACUAUUGCAUGAGCGCGCUCAUCAUGCUGCGACUACGCCAAUACCCAUUCAUCCGGGCUCUCCAGAAGCUGCAGUCGAGACGCCAUUCCCGCUUUCGGAGCAGGCUGUCAUUACUCUCACUGUGUUGGACGGUCUCUCACAGAUCCCACUAGAUCUCCUGGACGAAUGGCUGCCGAUCGCUGCAGAUAUGAUACACGAUGUCCAAGACGCUCGAAUGCGUGAACACUGUAAAGAGCACUUCUGGCAUGUACUCACUGGUGGUGAACUGGACCCAGAGCGCUCAAGAGUAUGUCAUGCUUGGUGGUCGACUGACGGAGGGAAAGAAUGGGUGCUGUAUGGGAGAGAGAAAGCAGCAUUGAUGAGCGGUGGACUGCCCGUCGAGAAGGAGAGCAGGCUGUAA